AUUGUUUGACCGUGUUCUUUUGUGGUAAGAAUCUCCAAUAGUAAAAAGGGGAUGAUUUCAUUGCUACCUGUUUAUAAAAUGGACACACCAUCCAUGGAUUAUUCAGUCGAUUCUACACUUGUCUUCGACAACAACGUUUUCUCGUCAGCUCUCUAAUGCUUCCUCUACACUCUCGCGAGCUUGCCUCGUUUAGAGGUUGUACGUGGCGAGGUGAGGCGAGGCGCUAGCUCUAUACUCUCGCCGAACAGUCGCGAGGCAACCAUCUACAUUCUCGUUUUAUUCAGUUUUUCGUACCUGGCUGUGCAGAAUGGACGUGGUUGAAGUAAGUGUUGCAGCAGCAUUGUGCGCCUUUGCAUAUUAUAAUUUUGCUAAUAUUUAUGAUAAAAAAAUAAUUAAAAAGCCUUGGAAAAAAAGGAGAUGGUGGAUGACUAAAAUACACCGAAACAGAACAAAGUAAGUACAAGUUGAUAAUUUUUGACAUGUACUAUGUACAGCAUUAUGUUAUAUACAUAUUGACAUUUACGGCUGUUUUUCAGAGCAACUAUGGAUCAUGUAUUUACGGAGUUGCUUUUUGAGCCAUCAGGUGAAUUUGAAAAUUUUAUACGAAUGUCCUCAUCAGACUUUGAAUAUAUAUUAAAAAAUAUAUCACCUAUAAUAUCUAAAAACGACACUCAAUUCAGGGAAGCUAUACCUGCCAAAACAAGACUUGCUAUCACUCUAAGAUUCUUAGCUACUGGGGAUAGCUAUAAAAGCUUGCAUUUUUUAUUCAAAGUGUCUAGUCAACUAAUUUCACAGAUCGUACCUGAAGUAUGUAAUGCAAUUAAUGACUUCCUGAAAGAUGAAAUAAAGUUGCCGUCUUCUCCUGAAGAGUGGUUAGCGGUAGAAAAUGGAUUUAGAACAAAAUUUCCCCAUUGUAUUGGAGCGAUAGAUGGGAAGCAUAUCGUUAUACAAAGCCCAGCCCAUUCUGGAUCGGACCACUACAAUUACAAAAACUCCUUCAGUAUUGUUUUGAUGGCAUUGGUCAGUAGUGACUAUCGUUUCAUGUACGCAGACAUUGGAAGUCAAGGGCGAAUUAGUGAUGGUGGUGUAUUUAGAAAUUCAUCGUUGUGGCAAAAAAUGAGUUUAAAUAGACUUAAUUUACCAAUGCCAUCACCCCUUCCUGGUUCAAAUAAAGACACUCCAUACGUUUUUUUAGGGGAUGGAGCAUUUGCUCUUGAUACGAACCUAAUGAAACCAUAUCCUGGAAAUCAUACAUCCGAAUCACCACAACGUAUUUUCAACCAAAAAUUAUCAGGCACCCGAGUUGUAGUAGAAAAUGUAUUUGGAAUAUUAGCAGCAAGAUACAGGAUUUUUAAAAAACCAAUUUCACUAGCUCCAGAAAAAGUAUCAAUUAUUACCAUGACAUGUAUACUGUUGCAUAAUUUUUUGAGAAGGAGCGAAACUUCAGCAUCAAUAUAUACUCCACCGGGAACGAUAGAUUCAUACGAUAAUUUCGGUUCUAUAACUCAACCAGGUUCAUGGAGGAAUGAAUUUGUGGGAAAUUGUGCAUUAAGGCCUUUAAAUCAAAUACCUCGAAUAUCAUCAAUAAACGCAAACCAAAUAAGAGAAGAAUUCACAUCAUAUUUUUUCAAUAAUAGGCAGUACCAUGAUCAGUCAACAGAGUAGGCAGUAACUUCAAAAUAAUUUCAACUAAUUUAAUAUUAAAAUACUUAUUUGUAAAUUAUCAAACAUUUAUAAUAAAAAAAAAAAAUUUAGGAACUAAACUAAUUUGUAUUUUAAAUAAAAAAAUUAAUUAAAAAAAUUAUUUUUAUCUCUUUUUGAAGUCAUCAAGUUUAAUUUUGUUUAUACAUACUAUUGUUUUAUCAACUAUUGUCAAUUUGUUAAUUUCUUGACAAAUAAAGGUUUUUUUUUACAUUUAUAUAAAUAAUAUAUUG